AUGAACAGAGCCACAGAGGACCCUAAUGAAGAUAUCAUGAAGGGCCUCUCAAAACUGGAGCAAGAUUUGAGUCAUGAGUUUACCAGUGCCUUCAUCUUCAAAAGUCGGAUGCUGGGCAAGAGUCACAAGUCAGUGGAAGUGAGGCUCAAGACUCAGAUGAAAGAACCAGACAUUCUGACUCAAAAGACCUCAACUCCAGGACCAUCACACAAGCUGAAAAGGACUGAGAAAAGAGGGGCAAGCCCACAGAGGACAAGGGACAGGAGCCUCCCCGGCCCAGCCCAAGGCCACCAACCCCGGCACGAUCUAGGCCCACAGCCACAGUGCCCCACCAACCCGAGACCCGCCCGACCUUGGCGGGGAGCCCGCCACGCACCAGAGAGGCCAGAGUCCCCCCAACCACCGCGGUGGUUGGGGGGCCCAACCCCAUAUACCCCGUGGGGAAGACGGCGGGGGGGCCACAGCGGCCCCCCACCCCCAGCCCAGCCAGAAGCCAAACCCUCCACAGGCGCAGACAGAGUCCAGACCAUCCCAGAGCUACCCAAACCACCUCGGCAGGGCAACCGCCACACAGCAGCAGGGUCCAAGCAACCACCCAGCCCAGUCCCGCACAGAGAGGCCGACCACCAACCCAGAGCAGCAGAACUGACGCCACUCCCCCAGACCACAGACCCCCCAUCCCGCCCUGCAGGGACAGGGACAGAGGCAGUGGGGUCCAGACCUGGGAUGGUCUGGACCCCACCCCGCCCCUGCCGACCCCCCCCGUCCAACGUGGAUGCAGGGUGUAUGCAUGUGAAGGUAUGGGGUGGUUCGCCGGCCACCACCACUUUGCCUACCGGUGUCGAGACUACUGACCUGGAGCCCUCGUUCCAAGAAACCCCCGGAGCCUCGUCUGAAGGCUCGUCAACAUUGGAAGUCAGUGAUGCUAGCGUCGUGUCUGAAGUGGACGUUGAAGGAGAUCCUGAUGAUGACAGUGUGGCCCCACCAGUACCACCAGUUAAGGAGAGGAGAGAUCUUCUAAACCCCCCCAGUAACACGACAGAUCCAACACCACGUGCCCCAGAGACACCCACCCCCACCCCAGCCAGGGGGCGAAACCCCAGGGAGACCGGGGAGAGCAGGCCCCCACCCCAGCCAGAAGCCAAACCCUCCACAAGUCGCAUACAGGGUCCAGACCAUCCCAGAGCUACCAAAACCACCGGCAGGGCAACCGCCUCACAGCAGCAGGGUCCAAGCAACCACCCAGCCCAGUCCCGCACAGGGAGGCCGAACCACAACCCAGAGCCACCGGCGACACCCCCGCAGCAGAACUGA